GGGACCUGUAAGUUGUGCUUGUUAAAAUUUUCAGGCUAAGUCAACGUUUUCUCAAAAGUUAUCUACUGCAGCUUUAAUAGUAACAACUCUGUCUCUAAGAUACCAUAUUUAAAAAAAAUUGCCUAGUGGAAAAUUAAAUGGAUUUAUAAUAGAGACUUGUGAUAUCUAGUGACCAGAAUAUCAUAAAGACUUGUGGGUGGGCUCUAGCAACCACAUAGCCCCACCCACAGCACCUUGAUGGUGAGUUUUGCACAGUCAAGCUCCCAAAAUAUAGCUGUGAUGUGUUUAAAAUUUUAGUUGAACAUUGUUUAAGGCUACUACUGUAUCUGAAUGCAUCGUAGUGAAGGUUUUCUUAUUGUUUUGGUAGUAUAUCGAGUGAUUGAGGACCGUCUGUGCCCAUAAACUUUAAUCACUUUCCUGAAAGACACUGCUGGUACGCCAACGUAGGAUGACAUCAUCUCACCAUGUGGAGACUGGACGCUGAUGGAUUUAGAGGGGGAGACAAAGAGAAAUGGAUGGAAAGAGAGAGAGGGAGAGUGGGAGGAAGAGAGUGAGGAAAGAAGAGCUUGAACGUUGUGUCUUUAGUCACCCUUCUCCACGCCCACCGGUACUGUGAUGAAGCAGGAGGAUUGGGGGCGGUGUCAUGGCAACCGUGUGGGAAGCUGUCCGUCACACAAGCUUUCAAGAAGAAGUGUCCGUUAAAGAGAUCAGCAUCACGCAUCUCGUCAAAGAGGGCUCGGAAAAGGCCGACCCACAGCAGUUUGAGCUCCGUAAGGUGCUUGGACAGGGCUCUUUUGGAAAGGUGUUUUUGGUGAAGAAGACAACAGGCCCAGAUGCAGGACAGCUAUACGCAAUGAAAGUGCUUAAAAAAGCCACACUAAAAGUUCGAGAUCGGGUCAGGACUAAGAUGGAGCGGGACAUCCUGGUGGAGGUUAAUCAUCCCUUUAUUGUUAAGCUACACUAUGCAUUCCAGACCGAAGGAAAGCUCUAUCUGAUUCUGGACUUUUUAAGAGGAGGCGAUCUCUUUACUCGACUGUCAAAAGAGGUGAUGUUUACAGAGGAGGAUGUGAAGUUUUAUCUGGCUGAACUGGCUUUGGCUCUGGAUCAUCUGCAUGGUUUAGGCAUCAUCUACAGAGAUCUGAAACCAGAGAACAUUCUCUUGGAUGAGGAAGGCCACAUAAAGCUGACAGAUUUUGGACUUAGUAAGGAGUCGAUCGAUCAUGAAAAUAAAGCAUAUUCUUUCUGCGGGACGGUAGAGUACAUGGCUCCCGAGGUGGUGAACCGAAGAGGACACACUUAUAGUGCUGACUGGUGGUCUUACGGUGUACUCAUGUUUGAAAUGCUGACUGGAACGCUGCCUUUCCAAGGCAAGGACCGCAAGGAAACCAUGACUAUGAUCCUAAAGGCGAAGCUGGGAAUGCCUCAGUUUCUGAGCUCAGAAGCUCAGAGUCUCCUCAGGAGUCUUUUCAAACGAAACCCUUCCAAUAGAUUAGGUGCUGGUGCAGAUGGAGUUGAGGAGAUAAAGAGACACCCGUUUUAUUCUACCAUUGACUGGAAUAAACUAUUUAGAAGAGAGCUUUACCCGCCCUUCAAACCAGCCUCUGGGAGACCAGACGACACAUUCUACUUUGACCCAGAAUUUACAGCAAAAACUCCCAAAGACUCACCAGGUGUACCCCCUAGUGCCAAUGCCAAUCAACUCUUCAGAGGUUUUAGUUUUGUGGCCAUCAGCUCAGAAGAAGAGUCUCAACCCCUGCAGAACAGUAUGAGCUCUAUAGUACAGCAGCUUCACAGAAACGUGUCACAGUUUAAUGACGCAUACGAAGUGAAGGAGGAUAUCGGAGUUGGCUCGUAUUCUAUCUGCAGACGCUGCAUACAGAAAAGCACAGGCAUGGAGUAUGCCGUGAAGAUAAUCAAUAAAGCUAAACGGGAUCCAACGGAUGAGGUGGAAAUUCUGUUACGCUAUGGACAACAUCCAAAUAUAAUCACCUUGAAAGACGUGUACGAUGAUGGCCGCUCGGUGUAUCUGGUGACAGAACUGCUAAAGGGAGGGGAAUUGCUGGAUAAGAUCCUCAGACAGAAGUUCUUCUCAGAACGGGAGGCCAGCGCUGUGUUGUACACCAUCACGAAGACUGUGGAGUACCUGCAUACUCAAGGGGUGGUUCACAGGGAUCUAAAGCCCAGUAACAUCCUUUAUGUUGAUGAAUCUGGGAAUCCCGAAUCCAUCAGGAUCUGCGACUUCGGCUUUGCCAAGCAGCUGAGAGCGGAAAACGGACUGCUGAUGACCCCAUGUUAUACUGCCAACUUUGUGGCCCCUGAGGUGCUGAAGAAACAGGGUUAUGACGCUGCCUGUGAUAUCUGGAGUUUAGGUGUCCUUCUGUACACAAUGUUAACUGGAUUUACGCCAUUUGCUAAUGGCCCCGAGGACACCCCGGAAGAGAUUCUGGCUCGAAUCGGCAGUGGGAAGUUUUCUCUCACUGGCGGAUACUGGAACUCUGUUUCACUCGAGGCAAAGGACUUGGUGUCUAAGAUGUUGCAUGUAGACCCUCAUCAGAGACUAACAGCUGCGCAGGUGUUGAGACAUCCCUGGAUCGUUCACAAAGACCAGCUCCCCAAAUACCAGCUGAACAGACACGACGCCCCCCAUCUGGUUAAGGGGGCGAUGGCUGCUACAUACUCUGCCUUGAAUAGGAGUGUUCCUCCCGUGCUGGAGCCCGUGGGCUGUUCUAUUCUUGCUCAGCGCAGAGGAGUGAAAAAACUGACCUCCACUGCUUUAUGAGCUAAUACCUUCCUCCUCCAACCCCCAUGACCUCUAGCUUGGUUUCAGCACAGCCUGAACUCGGCUUGCUUGCUGCCCACCUUGAGUCGAGGCCUUUAGAAUCAAGUGUAGAUUCUGAGGACCCCUAAUGGACACUCAAAAUCUUCCUUUACUAGUUACUUUGAGGGCCAAUAAGAACAGUUCGCCCUGUACAAUCAUGCCUCUGCUUCCAAACGCAAACCGUUUCUGUGGACUAUUUCUGAGGAGCUAAUCAUGUAUGAAUAUAAGCAUACUGUAAAAAAAAAAAAAAAAGCUAAGAUGUUAAUGAAAUCAGGGAGGAUGGGGAUUUUCAAGGAUGACAACAAAUUACUGCACCAAACCAUGAACACAGUUGCGAAAAGCUCCAGUUGUAUGGGGAUGUCAUUUAUAGGAAAUGUUCCUGUCAGUUCGAAACUGAUUAUUAAAAUUGUAUCUAGUUCUGCUCUACUAUUUUACAUCAGGAACGCCAUAUAGCAUAUUUAAACCCCACCAAACCAUAACUGCUAUGGUGUAUCCCAGCAAACCUUGUACUCCUGUCAUCUUUUAACAACAAACUAGGACAAAACCCUCUCAGCAGACCCAUACAAGACUGUAAGUCAAGUUGAAUGUUUGUAUGAUGGCUGCUGGCGUUAAUGUGAACAAGGUCCAAAGCACAAAAAUGCGGUGGAAGCCUACAUGUAAACGGCACAGAAUGUCAAAUAGAGAACUCAGGUGAAACGCAAUACAUUAUACAAAAAAAAAAAAAAAGAAUAUUAAAAUAAGCUGAGACGGAAAUGUAUAUGGCUGUAUCGCCUCACCUAAAACCUGCUGACCUGUGUAUUUGUUGGUUUGUAGGGAUGUACAGAAAUGCUCAGAGAUAUAUGUAGUAACUUUUUUAAGUGACUACUUACAGCCUUGACAUAUUUUUAUAAAUGUGCAUGGGCAAGAUGCUAUAUUAGCUAGUAGCUCUGUGGAAGUGGUCAUGUUUAUUAGCAUGACUGAUUAUGUUUUUUCCCCCCCUUUUUUUAAAACCACUCGAAUUCCUUGCAGGUUUGUGUUUUUUUUUUUUUUUCUGAGCAAUUUUAAAUAUGUUGUACAUUUUCUUUUCAUCUCAGUUGUUUUUUUCCUGUCCUGGAAGAGAGCUAGAAAUGUUGCUGUCCAUAUAAGCUGCUAUCCUGUUCUUUCUUUUGUACAUGUAGAAAAUAAAUUUUGCCAUUUUUUAA